GGCGAGUUAGCUAGCCUAGCCUAGCCAGCGGCGGCUCUGCUGUUGGUAGGAGCGCUCCUCCGGCGACAACGCGCAUCAUGGGCUCGGCUCGCUCCCCGAAGGCGCUCCCCGCGCAGGGGGCCCUCCUGCUGGGGCUCCUCUUUCUGCUCGCCCGCCCAGGGUGCCAGGCAGAAGUACAAGUUUCAGUCCCGCUUCUGAAGGAGGUGCUCUUGCGUCAGGAGGUGUCCAUCCCCUGCACGCACACUGUGACGGGGAACAACAGCUACCUCCUGGUGGAGUGGUUCAUCACGGACAAGAAUGGGCAGCAGCGGCGUGUGGCUUACACUGAUCAGGGCCGCCAAGGGGUGGACAGAAGCACAGAGUACUCCGACCGCGUCUCCAUGGAUGCCGACAACAGUCUGGUCAUCAAAGAAGUGGGUGUGAGCGAUGAGAGGACCUUCUCCUGCCAGGUGACGGCAGGCACCGCAGGAAUCGGGACGGGGUCAGCCCAGCUCAAGGUGUACGGCCCACCUGAGCCCCCAGAGCUCACACCUAACCAUGGGACCCUCUCAGUGACUGAGGAAGGUGCUUCAGAGAUUGCAAUGUGCGUGAGCCGAAACGCCAACCCACUGCCAACUAUCAGCUGGUACAAAGACAAUGUCCUUCUGCAAACCCCCACGGAGCGCAAUAAGGAACGGUAUGUGGUGUGGCGGACUGUGAAAGAGGCUUCAGGGCUCCAGUCCGUCUUCAGCACGCUGUACCUGCGCCCAACCAAGGCUGAUAAGGACUCGAAUUUCCACUGCCAAGUCAACUACUCGAUGCCAGACGGAGAAAUGGGAAGCGCCCAGUCGGAAUCUCUCCAGCUCAAGUUACACUACUACACAGAGAACGUGCACUUUGCUUUGGACUCUCCAAAGGUCAUCAAGGAAGGCGAUGAUGUUCAGCUUCACUGCCAGAGUGAUGGCUCCCCACCGCCGGAGACCGCCUUCUACAAAUUGCAGGCUCAUGGUAGCUCAAAGGACCUGGGAGCCAGCAACCAUGGAAUCCUGCACCUUCGGCAAGUGACCAGAGCCGACAGUGGGACGUAUCGGUGCCAGGUCCUCGACUUCGACAGUCCAUCUGAAGUGGAGCUGGAGAAGGAGGUGACCAUCAUCGUCAACUAUCUGGACCCACUUCACCUGACCCCAAGCCAGAAGGUGACGGUAAAGCAAGGCGGAAACGUCCAGCUGAACUGUUCUGGGACUGGAUCCCAGAUACCCAUGUUGUCCUGGAGAAAGGGAAAGGAACAGCUGGGGGUCGGCGGAACUUUGGCUCUGGAUUCGCUAACGUACCGCAUGGCUGGCCCCUACACCUGCGAGGCUACCGUGCCCAGCGUCCCCGGGCUGCGGAAGGAGCAGACGAUCCAUGUCACCGUGGAAGGAGCACCAGCGAUGGAGCAACUCCACUCUCGGAGCCAUUACCACAGUCUGGGCCAGAUAGUAACGCUGACCUGCUUUGCCAUGGGCCAUCCUGAACCGGAGAUUACCUGGAUGGGAUCUGGGAAGCCCUUAGAUGGAGCUUCCACAAUGAUCGCUGCCAACCGAGUCACCAGCGAAUUGUCAGUGGAGGUAACCGCAGAGCUGGCCCAGAGUGGGGUUACGUGCCACGCACAGAAUGAAUUCGGCCAGAUGGAAAAGUCCUUCCAGUUUGAGAUUGUUCCCCCAACAACUUCUGCUCCCCAAGCACCAGCAGAGAACCCUGUGCUCCGGACAGUGGAUGGGGAGGAGGCCCAGGGCGGCAGCACCAUCGCGGUCAUUGCCGUCUGCAUCUGUGUCCUGCUGCUGCUGCUGAUUGUGGGAUUCUUCUACUUCAUGCAACGCCGUGGCCGGCUGCCCUGUGGCGGGGGCGAGAAGAGAUCACUGACCCCUAAGGAAGGGAAUCCUGACGACACGGUGGUGGAGAUGAAGACGGACAAGAGGAAUGAACAGACGGGGCUGCUGAGCCCCGGGGGCAGCGGCGGAGGCGGGACGAAUGAGUGCUGAGAGGAAGCCUGGAGCUGACCUUCCAGAGAACCGCCCUGACAGCUCUGCACCACACACUGGAUGAAGAGGAUGCUAGGGCUGGACUGUGGGAGGGGGAGACGGUCCCUCCAGACGCUCUUUCCUCUGAGGGGCAGCGGGCAUCCAUGCAUCCAGACUGCCAGGGCAGGGGUUUUGCUGCCACGACUUCUUCCUCCUUCAAAGGCCUGCUUCCCCCCCACCCCGAAAGGAAAAGACUGACCGAUGCCCAGACCCCUCCGAUACGAGCGGACACCCCAUCGGCGCACCCGGAUCCUUGCCGUGUCACCACUGACGGGCCUUUGCCCCUCUCUUGACGCAGAGGCGCCCCACGCUGGCAUUUGCGUCAGGAAUGCGCAAAGACAGCCUCGCCCGGACAUUCACAGAAGUUACUGGCCCGCCUUUUUGUUUGUGUUUUGUUUUAACUUAACCUUUCUGCGGCCACACAUCCCCGAGUCCUUUCUGGUCUGAAACGUACGCCCUGAAUGUGUCAGGCUCCCUCACCUGGUCACUUGGAGGAGAGCCUUGCUCGAUUCAAUGGUGACCAAACUGAGCAGCUGUUUUCAAGCUUGUGCAAAGGCGUGUGAAACACCCGUGCUCCUGCACACACACACACCCUGGAGCCUCAACACAGAGCAUGCACCAAAAGUGUACCUAUACACUCCUGUUCACCAUGAACACACUGAUUGUGCAUGCCUGUUAUACCCCGUCUUGGGUCCCCAGAUGUGGUUGGACUACAGCUCCCAUCAUCCCGAGCCACACUGGCCAAAGGCCACCAGAGCUGGUGCAGAGCCAAAGGCCAUUGUGGCUGGGGAUGAUGGGAGUUGUAGUCCAACCACAUCUGGGGACCCAAGCUUGAGAAGCCCUGCCAUACCCAGGCACGUGCUCUGCAGAUGUACGCUCAGCAGCCGCACAUGGGAACAUACCUUGCCCAAGCAGGGUGUUCACACAUGCCAUGCAUUUGCCCCCGGUGUGUGUCUGCGAUGCAGUACCCGUUCCAUCUUCUGAACUCCUGCCUUCCAUGCCCACGUCCAGUCAGCAGGGACCCCUGUUCCUAGCCCAUCGGCCAAGCCUGAUCGGGCCUCAUCUUUCCCCAGCAGGCUCGCCAACAUCUUCAGGGUGCCUGCUUUGGGACGGCUUCCCCGUUAGCAGCACUUUGGUCUCCGCCAGCGGCCGUUCGCGAGCUCUCAAGAAACUUGCUGCUGCUGCUGUCGGCAGAUCCGGCCUCUCCGGCAGACCAGUGGAGCAGGCCAGGCGGGCAGCUGCAUUUCCGGCCCCUCGGCAACCUCCGCCAUGCCUGCAUAUUCCCAUCAGGCGCCCCAGUGCCCCAAAGGCCUGCCAGGACCACCCACCCCUAGCUUGGGCUGCAGGCUUCCCAGGUCACACCCUGGAACCCCAGCCAGGACCCUCCAAAGGAGAAUUCUCGUGGUGCCUGCAGGCUGGCGGGCGAAGAGCCCCUUCCCCUCUGCACGUGCUUCCCAGGCCGCCUUCUGCAUCUUCCCUGUUGCCGAUGAGGUGUUCCUUCCGCCUGCACAACACGCACCUUUGGCAUUUCCUGCCUGCGCAUCCCCACACCUCCGUCCUUUGCCAGCUGGGGACCGGGAGACCGGCCCCAAACGUCGAGUCUUACCUCCUAGGGGGCAGCCACACCCUGCGGUCCAGCUGCUCUGAGCAGCCCCGCGGCCAGGAAGGUGGCAGCGGCAGCAGCUCGCCCUGACAAGCCACGGGGGCGUCCAAUGAGGCGCAGCUGCCUCCGCUGCCCAGUUGCACUGCCGGCCGGCCAUUCAUCAGGUAGAGUUGUGCGGCUUAGUCGGCAGAGCUCUACCUGAUGAGUGGCCAGCCUGUGGCUCUCGUUGAUGCGGAGCAGGAUGGGAGAAACAGGCACAGCCAGGCUGCUGGGGGCCAGAGGCAGCGGCAACUUGAUUUGCAGCCCCCUGGGUCAUUAAGGUGCACCACUGCUGGGUGACGGUCUUCUGCCCCCACCCAGAGGGGGCCCCGAUCCCGUCCCUCGCAACGUGUGUUUAUAAUUCUCUUCAUUGAGAUGUGUUGUUUUAUAUGGCAUUUUUGUCUGUACAGAAUAAGCUUGAAAAAGCUUUUUGCGGGUGGGGGGUGUUGUAGUCUCCCUGUCCUCCCCCAAUCCUCAUGGUGUGACCCCCUCCUCUCUCUCUCUCUCUCUCUUGCACUGUCUGGUCAAGACACUGGCUUUUAGGGGACUUGGGGCUUUUUUAAAAUUUUAUUUUAAGCGCAGUAUAUUUAAUGGUGUUGCAUCCCAGAGAAAGCGGGGCAUGGCUGUGGAGCUAUGGCAGAUCCUGGGGUGAGGCGGCCGGGAGAGCAAGAACGGGCUGAUUAUUGGCCACUGGUUUCACAUGAGAAGGGGAGGAAGGGGGUGGUAUCAGAUACCCAGGGGGGUUCUUCAACCUGAGUCCUGUAGUCCCCAGAUGCUGGACUACAGCUCCCAUCAUCCAUUCCUCUGGCAAUUGUGGCUGGGCAUGAUGGGAGUGGUGGCUAUUAAAGGCAUAGGAGCCGGCCGGCCCAGUUUUCAGUGGUCAGUUGGCAACUGUGGCCAUUUCUCCUCCCUCCAGUCUCCCUGCAUACCUGAUCCAGCUGAGGUGGCCAGUACCAUCUGGGGGGCUGCAUGCUCCUUGUGAUGUUUGAGAAGGCCCGCACCCCUAGGGAUGGGAAAUAGUUCGCAACAUUGCAGUACUUGGCAGCUUUCAGUGUCUUCUCAUACCUGCAAGUGGCCAAAUGUGCAAAUGGUCUUUUGAAAGUUUUAAAAACAACAAAACCGGCUAUUAAAAUGUUAUCGCUGCCAGAGGCAUGGAAAUGAAUAUUGGCAGGAAGGCCCUCCAGGGAUUAGUCCAUGGAGUACAAACCAUUUAUUCAUUGUUACCUUAGCCCUUAACUCAUUCCUCUGUGCAAACAUGACUGCAGUUUGACUCUAAUUCUUUGAGGGGGGGUCGUCUGGGUAAAGAAGGGGUGAUGACACCAGAAAGCUCCAAGUGCAAGAAUGCUCUCCCCUCUUUUCCAUCUCUAGGGGGUGUAAAGGUAAAGUGUGCCGUCGAGUCGGUGUUGACUCCUGGCGACCACAGAGCCCUGGGGUAGAAUCCAGGAGGGGCUGACCAUGGCCUCCUCCCGCGCAGUCUGAGAUGAUGCCUUUCAGCAUCUUCCUCUAUCGCUGCUGCCCGAUAUGGGUGCUUCCUCAUAGUCUGGGAAACAGACCAGCGGGGAUUCGAACCAGCAACCUCUGGCUCGCUAGUCAAGUCAUUUCCCCGCUGCGCCAUUAAGUGGUAGGCAUUGCCAAAAGUCACGAUGGGCAUCCAUCCCCUGAGAUGGCACCAUGGCCAAUGUGUGCGGGCCCAGCUUGUGGACUACCUCCCCGUCCUGCCAUAACUCCAGGGCCUCCCUCCUCUCCGAUGUGUCUGUUGCCUGUUGCCCCUUCCCCACCCCAGGUUACAUUGUACAUUAGCAAUUAAAAAGACUGUAACCUC